AUGACAACUGUUUCACCUACGUUGGGUGGAGUCGGAGGAAGCAGUAGCAAGCGAACCAAUGCAAACAAGAUGAAUCACGAUGACGAAUCGAAUCAAGAGAAAAAAGUUGUCUAUGUAGAAGAUCCUGCACAGCCAUCACGUUGGUUCACUGUAGAAUAUUUCAUCUAUUAUAUCAUCAUUGUAGUUGGAUACUAUCUAUGUCUUUCAUUGAUGUAUAAUACUUCCAAUGGUAAGAUUACACCGACUACAUCUCCUACAUAUCCCAUUUCGUCAAAAAGUAGUAAAUACAAUCUAGGUAUAAAGUCAAACAAUGGAAUUGUAGAUGGAUGGUUUAUGGGUAGAAAACAAGAUCUAUCCGAUACACAAUAUAGAAUUUGGAGAGAGAACUUCCCAUUGUUAUCGAUUGGUCUAUCAAUAUUUGUUGGAAUCAGUUCUUUCAUUAGAUCAUCUUUUCCAUUUCAAUGGGAUUCUUGA